UGUUUAUAUAGUUAUGUGAAAAUAGUAUUUUUCUUUCGAGUAAAACAUUAUAUUGCAUUUAAUGAAACAAAUAUAUAUAUCUUUUAAACCUAACAAUGCCGGAACGAAUUGAAAUCGGUGUUAUCCCUGACAAUUUAAGGCACGAGGAAACCAUUGUCCAAAUAGCAGAAGCUCUUGAUAAUUUAGAUUCUGCAGUUACUUAUAUAUUUGAAUGCAUCGAUAAAAGGCUUUUUGAAAAUGGUCAAAGGUUGUCAAAUGUUAAAGAUAGGGCUACAAAACUUCAAGAUCGCUUACAAUAUUUACAAAAUAACUUAAACUUAAAAGCUGUCAAAAUGUAUUCUGCUGCAAAAUAUCCUGCUUGUGAUGCAUACAAAGAAUAUGAGAUGGCUAUACCACCUCAGUAUAAUAACAUUAAUAAUAUCCCAAAGGUUUAUAAAUGUUCUGUACCUAUAAAGGAUGUGCCUGAAACAUAUUUAUCUUCUAAUUGUAAAACAGAAGAUGGUCAAUAUGUGGCAAAUAAUAAUUUGCAAGAAAAGUUACAAUUUUAUCAUGUUAGAUCUAAACCUAAUAAAAAAGUUUACAUGGAUAACAGUGACGUAUCAUUUCCUCCUCAUAUGUCUUCAAUUAGUGCACUGUUGUUCAACAGUAUGGAUAAUCCUUAUAAAAUAUGUACGAAACAAACUUCUCAGAAAACAAGUGACAAGCAACAAAUUGAAGAUGCACCAGAUUCGAUUAUACAACCAUGGUUAUCAUUGGAAAUGGAUUCAUCUAGUAGUUAUCUUUACACACCAACUUUAGGCGAAGUGCCACAGAUAAAUGUACCACUAACACUUCCAGAUUUACCUGGAAUUGUGGAUGAUGAAAAAUUCAUUUUAGACCUCAAUUCUCAAAGUCCUAUUGCUCCUUCUUCAGCCGUGACUACGCCUACUGUUCGGCUUGAUCUACCAACUCCAACUACAGCAGUGGAUGAAAAAGAUUCAAGUGUAAAACUUGACCAAACUAUACCAAAUUUACCUGGCUUCGUUAACAACGAUUUCACGAAAGAUUCUAUUGAACAUGCACCACUUCCUCCUCCUCCUCCUCCUCCUCCUCCUCCUCUUUCACCACAACCAUUAUUAAUCUCGUCUGACACAUCGACUUUGAGCUCCGAGAUCGAUCACCGUUCGUCAUUAGUUUCAUCAUCGUUGAUCCCCUCGAUUCCACCACCACCUCCGCCACCACCUCCGCCACCACCUCCACCAGCUCCAUCUAAAACUACUGUUUCAGUUUCUCAGACAAUGGAUUUGGAAAAGAAACAGACCGCUAAAGAACAGAGCAAAGCGACAAAGUUGGAUGAUCGGUCGAAUUUAAUGGCAGCGAUUCGUAACGCUGGUGGCAUAGGGAGGGCAAAAUUAAGACACACAGUACCGCCAGAAGAAAAAGGGAAUCGUUGGUCCUCCGCGUCUGUUGGAGGAGAUUUAAUGGCUGAUUUGCACGCAAAAUUAGCACUUAGAAGAAAAGGAAUUGCUGGGUCUGGCGGUAGCGCUUUGGAAAGGAUGUCCAGCAUGAUUCCUCCUCCUCCUAAACCAAGCGAUGCGACUGCAUCAGAUAGACAUUCGGCUACCAGCGAGUACGAUUCCCAACCAGAUACCGAUGAUUGGGACGAGUAG